AUGUGGGUGUCAGUGGCCGAGCCAGCCGUGGCCAGGAGUCCCCUGGCAGAGGUGAAGCUGCUGCUGGCCCUGGCAGGGGUGCUGACCAUACUCGUGGCCCACCAGCCCUGUGAGGGCUCUCCUCCAGCCUCCCCCAGGACAGUGGCGAGCUCAGUCCUACAGGACUGCAUUGCAGAGGCCAAGCUGAUGGUGGACACAGCCUACAAUCGGACGCAGAGGAGCAUCAAGCAGCGGCUUCGCAGUGGCUCGGUCAGCCCCAUGGAUCUCUUGUCCUGCUUCAAGCGGCCUGUGGCGACCACCAGGAGCGUCAUCCGAGCCGCUGACUGUAUGCAUGUGGCCUUGGGGCUGUUAGAGCAGAAGGUCCACCCUGAGGGAUUCGGGUCCUUCAACGCCACUGAUGUGCUCACGGAAGCCCAGCUUCAGCUGCUGUCCAAGGUCAGCGGCUGUCAUUUCCCGGUCAACGCUGAGCAGUGCAGUGACCAGUACCGCACCAUCACGGGGAGAUGCAACAACAAGAAGAGGCCCUGGCUGGGAUCCUCCAACAGGGCCCUGGCCCGCUGGCUGCCGGCCCAGUAUGAGGACGGGCGGUCCCGCCCCUUCGGCUGGACUCCCUGCAAGAGGCUCAAUGGCUUCCCUCUGCCCCUCGUCCGGGAGGUCUCCAACCUGAUUGUGCGCUUCCCCAGUGAGAGGCUGGCCUCCGACUCGCACCGGACCCUCAUGUUCAUGCAGUGGGGCCAGUUCAUCGACCAUGACCUGGACUUCACCCCAGAGUCCCCAGCCAGAGUGGCCUUCUCGGGGGGCGUUGACUGUGAGAAGACCUGUGCUCAGCUGCCCCCCUGCUUCCCCAUCAAGGUCCCGCCGAAUGACCCCCGCAUCAAGAACCAGAGUGACUGCAUCCCUUUCUUCCGCUCGGCACCCUCCUGUCCUCAAGACAAGAACGCCGUCCGCAAUCAGAUCAACGCGCUCACCUCCUUCGUGGACGCCAGCAUGGUGUACGGCAGCCAGGUGGACCUCGCCCUGCGGCUGCGCAACAAGACCAACCACCUGGGGCUCCUGGCCGUCAACCAACAAUUCCGCGACCAGGGCCGGGACUUGCUGCCCUUCGGCAAUGAGCGGCCGGACCCCUGCCUGCUCACCAACCGCUCCGCGCGCAUCCCUUGCUUCCUGGCAGGUGACUCUCGAUCCAGUGAAACCCCCAUGCUGGCAGCCCUGCACACCCUCUUUAUGCGCGAACACAACCGCCUGGCCGCCCAGCUGAAGUGCCUGAACCCCCAGUGGACUGGGGACAAGCUGUACUAUGAGGCGCGGAAGAUCGUGGGGGCCAUGAUGCAGAUCAUCACCUACAGAGAUUUUCUGCCCUUGGUUCUGGGCAAGGACCGGGCCAAGAGAACGCUGGGGUCCUACAAGGGCUACUGCCCCAAUGUGGACCCCCGAGUGGCCAACGUCUUCACCCUGGCCUUCCGCUUCGGCCACACCAUGCUCCAGCCUUUGGUGUACCGCCUGGACAGCCGGUACCAGGCCUCGGGCCCUGGCUCCUGUGUCCCACUGAGCUCCUCCUUCUUUGCCAGCUGGCAGGUCGUGUAUGAAGGUGGCAUCGACCCUCUCCUACGCGGCCUCAUGGCCACGCCUGCUAAGCUGAACCGUCAAGAUUCAAUGCUGGUGGGUGAGCUUCGGGACCGGUUGUUCCGGCAGGUGAAAAGGAUCGGGCUGGAUCUGGCGGCUCUCAACAUGCAGCGCAGCCGGGACCAUGGCCUCCCAGGGUACAACGCCUGGAGGCGCUUCUGUGGGCUCUCUCAGCCUGGGAACUUGGCACAACUUAGCCAAGUGCUGAAAAACAAGGUUCUGGCAAGGAAGUUCCUGCGUCUGUACGGGACGCCUGACAACAUAGACAUCUGGAUUGGGGCGAUCGCAGAGCCUCUUUUGCCAGGGGCCCGCGUGGGGCCUCUUCUGGCCUGUCUUUUUGAGAAACAGUUUAGCAACCUCCGCGACGGAGACAGGUUCUGGUGGGAGAAGCAGGGUGUUUUCACCAAGAGACAGCGCACAGCUCUGCAGCAGGUCUCCCUGUCUCGGAUUGUGUGUGACAACACUGGUAUCACCACCAUUUCCAGAGACAUCUUCAGGGCCAGCACCUAUCCCCGGGACUUUACAAGGUGCAGCCGCCUCCCCAGGUUGAACCUGGCGGCCUGGAAAGCCGCGAAGGCUCUGCAGGAGUCCAUCCCGAGCCUGUAG